AUGGUUCACAUAAUUGACGAAUUAAGUUUAAACGGGAAUGAUUAUACAAUAGUAAUCACUUUCAAUCCAAAGGUUCAUGACAAAGCACCCAUGUCGAUAUACAUCAACCAACAAGGAAAUUACGAAAUGGGUGAUUACAUUUAUACAAUUUCUUCUUACUCAACAUACUUGAACAACCUGACCAAUAAUGAUCAAAUUAAACUGCUUAAUCAACUAUUAGUGAAGAAAUUCAAUGUACCUAUAUUUUUAAAUAUUAGUGGGGAUAUCGGGACAACUUCCAACGUUGAAUUGUUUCGAGGCAUUGUGGAUUUGGUGGAGCACCUGAAACAGAAUUAA